UAGAUUUGGCGGUGUAUCAGUGCAAGUUUCGAAAAGCGAACUGUUUGCCCUAAGGCGAAUAAAUUAAAAGACUUCCAGUGUACAACAGACUCCCUAUUGGAUAUUGAUAAAAAUUAUAUAGCGGGGGGUGAACCGAUCUAAUAUAAAGAAGAGGAAUAUACGCUUGCCUACCAUGCAAUCUUCCAAAAGUUGCCGUUAAAAGGCUUAAAUAAAGCUCACAAGAAAGGAAGAAUCAGUUUGAGAGGCAAGCCGGAUUAGGAAUCUCGGUCACAAGUUACGUUAUCCAGAACUGCGUGCAUGCAGUAUUUCAUCAAUAGCGAAAGCUAUCGAUAUAAAGUACAACGUACGCGUUUUAAUAGAAAAACUGGCAGAUUAUGACUACAAAAGCAAUUUUAGCAGAGAAUAAUAAUAACAAAUUUAUUAAUUUACUGUCAGUCGCAAGUCGCAAUGGUAGUUCGAUGGAGGGCACGGAAAUCGUUUUAGAUAACCUAGAUUACACAUGGCAAGCAACGAUGGGGCACCGUAUUGCAAACACGACCGUCAAUAAUAAUUCCGCUUUGGUUAUCGAUCCGGUGUUGAUUGAGCGAUUUUCACGUAAUCGCAGAAUAGAUGCCCCAUGGUAUCAUAUAUUAAUUGUACUCUACGGUAUUUUAAUUAUAUUUGGAGCUCUGGGUAAUAUAUUGGUGGUGAUGGCCGUAAUACGUAAACCCGCUAUGAGAACAGCGCGUAAUUUGUUCAUUUUAAAUCUGGCUGUUUCCGAUUUGUUGCUGUGUUUGGUAACUAUGCCUCUAACUUUGAUAGAAAUCGUCACGAAGUUUUGGCCUUUUGGCUCCUGGGCUAUACUCUGUAAAAUGAUUGGCAUGUUGCAGGCCUUAAGCAUAUUUGUAUCGACCAUAUCAAUAACCGCAAUCGCAUUCGACCGUUAUCAGUUGAUUGUAUAUCCGACACACGAUAGUCUACAAUUUGUGGGAGCCGUUUUCACACUGCUGGGUAUUUGGUUGCUGGCUUUACUCUUGGCCUCGCCUAUGUUCAUUUUUAAACGUCUAGUACAUGAGGAUAUGCCGCCCUUCCUGCAUAAAUUUGGCAUAAAUGCCAUAUCGUUUUGCAUUGAAGAUUGGCCGGUCGAUCAUGGAGCCUUUUACUAUUCAAUAUUUUCGCUAUGUGUUCAGUAUUUGGUGCCCAUAGUUAUUGUAUCGUGUGCUUAUCUCGGCAUCUAUUUUAAAUUAAAAAAUCAAAUUGCAGUAGUGACCACAAUACAAGCAUCGCAACAACGCAACACUGAACGAGGACGCCGGAUGAAGCGAACAAAUUGCUUGCUUAUAAGUAUCGCAAUUAUCUUCGGGGUGUCCUGGCUGCCAUUAAAUUUUUUCAAUUUGUAUGUGGACAUGAAGGGCACGUCGAACGAUGUUUUGGUUUUAUAUGCGUUCUGUCAUAUGUGUGGUAUGAGCUCGGCCUGCUCGAACCCGCUGCUCUACGGAUGGCUGAAUGACAAUUUCCGUAAAGAAUUUCACGAAAUAUUGUGCUGUUGUUCAGCAAAUAGUAAUAAUGCUCUUAAUGGUCAAAUAACAGGGAGAGAGAAAACGCGACGUACGCGGAAAUACAUUAACAUUGCCAAAGGCGAUUUGAAAUUACUCGGAGCAACAACGACGGCGGAUUGUCUGGCGCCUACAACCAAUUUGAACGGUUUGAGGAGUGCGGCAACAGAAUCAAUAGCAUUAACUGAAUAUCCCACAGAGAUUGUGUUACGGUAAAUUAAAAUCAGCAUAACAGAUUUAUUCGCUUUGAAUCGAGUUCUGGGAAUCUAUCAGGAUAAUUUCUUAGAUCUUUACCAUCUAUAAGAGGGAUGCGGCUUGCCAUUGUAAUUUUGAAUUUAUAUAAAGUAUUCCUUCACCAAAGAUGUAAAAAGUUUGCUAUAAAUGUGAAAUUUAACAUAAAAAUAAUAAGAAGAAGGUUUGUAUCAUCUGAAGCGAAAGAUCUUCAUAGGAUGGCAAAGGGGAAAUGCAAAGG